CUCGCCGAAGUCUUAUCCCGCGGUCUCACCCUCCGCGACGAGAUCCUCGUGGGGGCAAGUCGCCACGCCUCCCGCGUCUAUAUAAGCUACCGGACCGAUGUGGAAACCUCACUUGCACUCCGGCCACCGGACUGGAAAGGGCACGCGACAACACAUCCACGAGGAACCAUUCCAUUAGACCGGGACGAACGCGGCGGACCCUAACAUCCCCUAAGCUAGAACCGAGGAGGCACGCCGAGAGUCAUGAAGUUCUGUCUACUGUGGCUGUUCUGCUUCUUCCUACUUCUCGCCGACAGGUCCCUUGGCAAUCCCUACAUCGACGACGAUGAGGAAGACGCACUCCAGGAUGCAGAUUCUGACUAUACAGACAAUGAACUAGAAAAUCUGUUACGAGCAGCUCAACAAAAACGUACCUCGUUGAUUUACCUGUUUAGGCGGGCCUGCAUAAAACGGGGCGGAAACUGUGACCACCGGCCGAAAGACUGUUGCCACAGUUCCAGCUGCAGAUGCAACCUGUGGGGUUCGAAUUGCCAGUGCCAACGAGUGGGCGUCUUCCAGAAAUGGGGCUAAAACGUCACUUCCAACCCGACCCUUCAAUCCGAUGCACAUCUCGCAACGACUCCACUUGUUUUCAACUACCUCAAUGAUUUGUUCAUUCUGUAUGAUCGUGUCGUUCCGCCGUUGAUCGGUUUCACCCCUUGUGCUUGCCGUUUUCCCCCUUUCACCCCCUCGUCGCCGGGAACUUGGCGAAGAAACGGGCGAAUUCACGAGGAGAAAUAUUAACACUAAAACUACCGACCAGUUGAAUUGAUAGAAUGGAAAUAGAAACUUCAAGAGUACAUCUAUCGAGGCUUUAAUUGAUUUAUAAUUUAACUGGCGCGUUGCUAAAUCAAUUUCUUUAAUCAGCUCUCAGGGAAACAUCUGUUGUCUUCUUAGUAAUUGCAAAAUGGAGAGAUCAGGAAUGGAUCAUUUUGGCCCGUCUGGUAGUUUCAGUGUUAGUUUCUGUUUAUUUCUCAUGACAAGUGUUCCUGUUUCGUGUAUGUAUAUGAAAUAAUUACAUUUUUGGUAAUUGUUAUAAUAACUUAAAGUAAAUUGAAGCUUGACGCGUUGAAUAACACGGAGGUCCUCUGCGGUCUCGAGUUGAAUCGAAUUACUGUAAUUCCUUCGAAUAAACGAUGAUUAUUAGAGAACGUUUCUGUAUUGUAAAUAAUGCAAUGAAGUGACGUUCAGCAAGAUAAACGUGUAAUAAUAAUCACACAAUUCAAUUGAAUAACUUGGUGUUACAUCUUUCUCGCUUUGUGUGUUGUGCUCCUUGAAAUCGUGCAUUCAACGCGUUAAACUUUGAUAGUUCAAUACCGCAAUAUACGUGGCAUAUCAUUUUUAUUUAUUGGAUCGAAAACUGAGUAUACCAUGGCGAAGAGUUAUUUCAUUACAAUUAUUGUUCUUACUUUUAUUAUCUUCUCGUUUAACGCGUUACGUUUCGAUCACUUACAGUUCAUUUAUUUUCGUGUGUGAUCUGUGUAAUCUGCGCAAUGCGGCGUGCAAACUUAAAAUAUUUCUGGACCGUUAAGGGUUAAUUUCUUUAAAUUUAAGACUAUCGUUAAGUUCUCCUGUAAACAACAAACUUUUGGCGCUGAGAGUUGAAUAGCAACAAUUCCAUGAUGAAUAUUAACGCUUCAUUCAAAGUUCGCGAAUAACACUGUUUACUGAGAAAAUUUGACAAAUAAGGGGUUCGAAAAAGUAAUUUAUCUGAUACAACAAUGAAAGAAUAAUACAAAUAAUUUAUCUGAGAAGUUCAAAAGUUACAAGGUUGAAAGGAAACGAAUGGUUGCGCAAUUAUUAUGCUCGUGACUUAUGCACAAGGGGUUGAAGCAUUCGUUACCCGCUUAACCGAUGCCGUUCGAUUUAUAAUUUCAUGUUAGUCGAUCAUUGUGUCAAUUUACCUUUUCGGAGGCAGUUGCGAUGAAUUUCAGUACAGAUCUGAAAGCAAACUAAUUUCACUAUUUUCCGUGUAACCUUUAAAAUGACUAAUUAAGUUAGAUACAUACAGUAGUGAAUGUAUCGUGUCGUCGAGAUCGACUCUGUUUCAUCGCUUGAAUACAACCUGUCGGAUCAUUUCAAAAGUUCCGCGCAUUUCUACGUGAACUUUACAGCGAAAACUGGUAUACGAAGAAAUCUGUUUCCACGGAAUAAAAGCUUCAUAACAUAUCGCAAUUGAAUAAACGGAGUGCACGAAAGACAGAUGCGUAAGAUGCACAUUUGCAUCCUAACAGAGACACAAAGACUUUUGAAAUGUUCUGACAAUUUCCGAGUAUUGUGAUUUGUGAGAUUAACAUUCUGUAUGUUGCGUGAAGAAAAUUAAAUUACUUUCGCGUGUGUUUGUGUCUGAAAUCGUAAAGCAUGGCGCAGGAUGUUGCGAAUCGACGCGAUUCGUUUCCUGAGAUUUACUGUUUCUUUAUCAGAGCGAUGUGCUGCGAUGAAUAAACUAUUGUAACUAUGAAGAUUGCUAUUAAAGCAAACGUUGGUCGCAAACGUGUUAAUUCCGUUUUGGUAUUUAUCUCUCGUUUCUCGAUUGAAAGAGUCGGCUCAUCGAGGCGUUCCUCGAGGGACGAAUAUUUCACACGAAUUAUUCCGGGGUCAGCUCGACGACGUUUCCUCGCCCUUUGUCAUCCGUUUUGCGUCUGUUUUUCUACUUACAGCGUACACAUCUCGUAUCUACCUCCCUCGCGUGCAAUAGUCGUGUAACAAAUUUCACCGCCGCUCCGUUCUCCAUUUUUAUAUUUUCCUUUCGUUCCGCUCGCAGACAUUAUACAGAACAAACGGCGUGCAGCUUUGUUAUUCCAGCUCCUUCGAGGUUUCGCCUUUUGCGUUUACCUUUUUCCAAGCGAACAUUCCUCACGACGCUAAUAUCUCCUUUGUGAUUUAUUUUUCACGCGAAUAACGACGAUCGUUCCUUGUUUCUUCGUCUGGAAACCUUAUUUUGUAACACGUCGACUGCUGCGGGAAUAUCAACCCUUUCAUAUCGUUUAUCCUUUCGUGGCAGAGACAAACAGGAAAAAUGAUGAAUGAUUUCAAUUAUAAAAAUGAUAAAAUAUUUUUGUUCGAUGUCAAUGGACUGCGGAUCUUUAUGCGUUUAUCGGGAAUUACGUUGCGCAGAAUGAUUAUUAUGUGAGAAAAUACUUGUUUCUGAUUCCCUUAAGUUCCUACUCUUAAGAUACUGGCGAAACGAUCAUUCAUUAAGGCGUCUCGUAAUUAAUUUCAUUAUAUACCUGCCCCUCCAUUUACGCGGUGAAUUGUGACACUUUACUUGAUAUUGUUUACACGCGACAUGAACUUAGCAACACUGAAUAAAAUUUAUUUUCGUUUCCUGAAAUGUCAUUAUUAUUUUGUUUCUCUUAACCCCUCGAGGAACUAAUUUGCAUCAAUUUUCCUAUAGAUUUUAUUGUUCGCUGCACGCUUAAUGCAGCUCAGUGAAAAUAACAAGGGAUUUCGGAAGAAACUUUAUUUCUACAAAAUAUAUAUCAUACAACUACUUUAUCGUUAAUAAUUGAUUAGGGAAAGAAACAAUUUUGGUACUUAUUCUAUGUCUACGUUUACUUCAAAUUUAACGAUUGAUGAUAGAAAAGUAUCGAUUAAUUUAUAUUUAAAAAGAAUGAAUAAUACUUAGGUUUCUUAAAUUCAGCUUGAAUGUUUCGUCACGAGUCUGACACGACAUUGUAGGUCAAGGGGUCAAGCUAUGUGAAAUAAAUAUGUAUCUUUGAAGUUCACAGAAAGUUUUGUUUUCAAUAUUUUUUUUUUCGUAUCGAUAGGCUCUUUAUAAAAAGAAUCCACGUUGAACGGAUACUCUGCGUGAAUGGAGGGACUUGUGUGUAUACCUGUAGGGAACGGAAUUGUACAAAAUCGUGAAAGACGCGGAAGAUUCCGAUGAAAAUUCCUGUCCCGAUUCCCUUCUCGCGACGCGCGAUCUUCGAUCGAGCGAAAUAUCGGACGAAUUCGUUGACAUGAAUGGACGACCUUCGAAAUUGUUCGGCGCGUCGUGUUCUGAUUGGAGUUUCUUCUAGCCACUUUUGCCCAAUCAGACGACGAUGCUCCGUAUUUAUCUGUCGCCGUCGGAGACGAUCGCGCGUCUAUCCGUAGAGUAACCGACAUCUUGUCGGAUUGAUAUUUUCUCGACGGAAUUUUUCUGUAGGGGUAACUUGGGCGUUACUCUUAUUGGAGUUUGAGAUAAGUACCCACGUCUAUGCAUACUAAUUAUAAAUUGAAAAUACAAUAAUGGAUGUUAUCGUAUCGUAUCGGAAGGUGGAUGUACAUGUACCGAUAUAUUAUGGAAAUAUAAUAUAUAUUAUAUAUGUACUAGCAGCUGAUCCUAUGGCCUGUAUUCCCAUCCCAGUUUACAAUGGAUUUCUUUUUGAACCUUUGUAAUAUGAUUUACUUCUCAAUUGUGAUUAAUGCAACUACUUUGUCGUUAAUGAUUUAUUGAGAAAACAGAGAAAUGGAAUCUGGAUAUAUUCGAUAUCCAUGUUUACUAUAAAGUAUGUUAAUCGAUAACAGAAGUAUAAUGUUUAAUUUCUAUUGAAAAGAAUUGAUUAAUAUUUAUGUUAAGUUCUGUUUAAUAUCUUCAUCACGUGUCUAACACGUUAUUAUAAA